UAAUGCAGCAUUCUUUUGGACACCACACCUAGGUCGGAGCACUGUCGUCCUUCAGGGCUCCAGCCUCUUGAUAUUUUUAUACUUCAAUAUCAGUUCGAUAGAGAAAAAGAGGGAGAAGAAGAGAGGGGGGAGAGAGAAGAGAAAGAGAGAGAGAGAGAGAGAGAGAGAGAGAGAGAGAGAGAGAGAAAAGAGAAGGAGGGGUGAGAAUAACACAAAAGAGAGAACCAAAAAUAAUUUUGAUUCCUAAGUUAAUUUGCUUGCUGAUCUGGGAUUUUAGUCAUCAUGAAGGGUAAAUGGACAGUCUGCCCAGGACCGCAGCCCGAUAUCAUUUUUCAAAGCCAGAACUUACUCCAUUUUCUAUGCAAAUGUCAGAAAAGCGAAACAACCUCUCUCCCAAGUCUGAGAAGGGGAAACGACGGCUCUCAGGUUGGGACAAUAUUAUCUGGAAGCUGAAGAAGAAACCGAACGCUCCUUUUUUUCCCCUCCCUCCCACCCUUUUCGAUCCGGAGGGGGAAAAAAAAUCCCCAAGGUCUGCAAAGCUAAAACCCAAUCUCGGAUAUACUACUAAUAGGCGCGGCGCUCGGACUAUAAAACACAACAAAUCAUAAACCCGGCGGAGCAGCAGCGGCCGUGCGCGCCUCCCCUCCCAAUGAGUUCCUAUUUCGUGAACUCCACCUUCCCCGUCACUCUGGCCAGCGGGCAGGAGUCCUUCUUGGGCCAGCUACCGCUCUACUCGUCGGGCUAUGCGGACCCGCUGAGGCACUACCCCGCGCCCUAUGGGCCGGGACCCGGCCAGGACAAGGGCUUUACCGCUUCCUCCUAUUACCCACCGGCCGGCGGCGGCUACGGCCGAGCGGCGCCCUGCGAGUACGGGCCUUCGCCGGCCUUCUACCGCGAGAAGGAGUCGGCCUGCGCACUAUCAGGAGCUGAUGAGCCGCCCCCGUUCCAUCCCGAGCCGCGGAAGUCGGACUGCGCGCAGGACAAGAGCGUGUUUGGCGAGACCGAGGAACAGAAGUGCUCCACUCCUGUCUACCCCUGGAUGCAGCGGAUGAAUUCGUGCAACAGUUCCUCCUUCGGGCCCAGCGGUCGGCGAGGCCGUCAGACCUACACGCGCUAUCAGACGCUGGAGCUGGAGAAGGAAUUUCACUACAAUCGCUACCUGACGCGGCGGCGGCGCAUCGAGAUUGCGCACGCCCUGUGCCUGACCGAGCGGCAGAUCAAGAUCUGGUUCCAGAACCGUCGCAUGAAGUGGAAAAAGGAGAGUAAACUGCUCAGCGCGUCUCAACUCAGCGCGGAGGAGGAGGAAGAAAAACCAGCCGAGUGAAGGUGCUGGAAAGGGAGGGGGGACGCGAAGGGAGAGGCCUGUGGGGAACCGAGGGCGUCGGAGAGCCGGGAGAUGGCUCUGCGGGCGGGGGAGCCUGGGGACCUGCUCUCCAGCGCGAGGCAGGCGGGGCCCUGCGCGCUCCUGGACGCCCCCGCCCGCUGAGCUCUUGCCGAGUGCUGGCAGGCCGCACGGCCGCAGUACCCCAGCGCCUCCUCCCUCCGCGAAGAACCCGCCUAGGCCCGAUCAGGCUCCCUGGUGAGAACUGAGGAUCGGACUCACUUGAUGUUUCCUGCAAGCAGAGCAAACGCUCUUGUCCGUGUCGAGUCUCAUUUCGUCCAUGUCCCCCGUGCACGGUUCAAUGGUAGAUUCGCUGUCCCCUCAGCAGGGGCCUCGAAGACUCCCUGACCCCAGACUUGUCGUCUCUUCCAUCCCCUCCCCAAAACCACUGGAAAGAGCACAUACUACCUAGAAGUAAGAAGAGGAGCCUCAAAAGAAAACAAAGUUCUAUUUUAUUAAUUUUCUAUGUGUUGUGUUUGUAGUCUUGUCUUAGCUCUGGACGUGAAAUACUUCGGUAAUAAUAUUAAUAUUAAUAAUAAUAAUAAAGACGUGAAAACUCGC